AUGAGAUACAUGGAGAACAGGAACAACGUGACAGAGUUCAUUCUCCUGGGGCUGACACAGAAUCCAAAGAUGCAAAAAGUCAUAUUUGCAGUGUUUUUGGUUGUCUACAUUGUCUCUGUGGUAGGAAAUGUGCUCACCUUGGUCACCAUCACCACCAGUCCAUUAGUGGGGUCUCCCAUGUACUUUUUCCUGGCUCAUCUCUCUUUCAUUGAUGUCUGCUAUUCCUGUGUCAAUACCCCUAAACUGAUUGUAGUUUCACUUCAUAAGAAGAAGACCAGCUCUUUCAUUGAAUGCAUGUGCCAGAUCUUUGGGGAGCAUUUAUUUGCAGGCGCUGAUGUCAUCCUGCUGACUGCAAUGGCCUAUGACCGCUAUGUGGCCAUCUGCAAGCCCUUGCACUACACGACCAUCAUGACCUGGCAGGUGUGUUGGUUGCUAGUGGGAGUGGCAUGGGCAGGAGGCUUUCUUCAUGCAACCAUUCAGAUCCUCUUCAUCUUCAGGUUACCCUUCUGUGGCCCUAAUGUCAUAGACCACUUUAUGUGUGAUCUGAAUCCUCUGCUCCAACUUGCCUGCACUGAUACCCACACUCUCGGGCUCUUUGUUGCUGCCAACAGUGGCUUCAUCUGUCUGUUGAUCUUCCUCCUCUUGGUUGGCUCCUAUACAGUCAUCCUGCUCUCUUUAAGGACACGCAGCUUGGAGGCGAGGCAGAAAGCCCUCUCCACGUUGAUCUCCCACAUCACAGCGAUCCUCCUAUUCUUUGUGCCAAGCAUAUUUACUUACCUGAGACCAGCAGUCACUUUACCUGUUGAUAAAGCAGUUGCUGUAUUCUACACUAUGAUAACCCCCAUGUUAAAUCCCUUAAUCUAUACCUUGAGAAAUGACCAGAUGAAAAAUGCCAUUAGAAAAUUGUGUGGUAGAAAAGUGAUUUCAAGUGAUCAAUAA